CAGCAUCCGCAAAUUAGCUUGUGUUACCGAAACAGUUACGGGUGUUGCUUGAAGAAAGUUUUCUUUAAUUCUAAGAUCUUUAAGGCUUACACAGACAUAUAACUUACAAAUAUUGAGAAUAGCAAAGAAAUACAUUUUAUAACUACCGAGUAAAUUGUAUUUCAAAUCAUUCAUUUAUAUAUAUAUAUAUAAACACAAAAUUUGCAAAUUCGUUACUGUUUAUAUUUCGUCUAGGUUUAAUUUUUGUUUUCUCUUUAAGGCCUUUCAAUACCCCCCUCUAUCUCUCUCUCUCUCUGUAUACGUGUAUAUAUACUCACACGAACACGUGUAUAUCAUUUUUUUCUGAUAAAGUACGGUCGCCUGUAAACAUUAGUCAAUAGAUUAAUUAACCAACAAUUCCAAUCUCGUUUUGGCAUAGAUUAUUAUCUAUGCAACUUAUAGAUUUUUGUUUUCUUUUUCAAAAUAACAACUAGUAUGAUGAUAUCAAUAAUGUAGAUUUGUCUUUGGAAAUAUACUAGAGGAAUAUAACUGUUACAUAUAUCAUAAAAUAGAAAAAAAUCGCACCUUAAUUUAAUUGCUUUAAAAAGCAAAAAAAUACACAAAAUAAAAUUGAAAAGAAAUUUAAUGGAAUAAGUGAGAAAAGAAAGAAGAAAUAAUAUAAAAAAUUGUUCUAUUUACAAUUUACUCAUAGCAGAAAUUUUAGUUUAUGUUUAUUUUUUCAAGAAUUUAUUAAAUUCUUUACCUGAUACCACCGACUUAAUUUUUCUGUCUCACGCGCACGCACACAAACACAUAAUAUUCAUCGUUUCUAAGGCAUAAUUUGAGACUGUUUAGGGAGUGUACUUUUUUUUUAACGUUAUCACAUAAUACACCCAACGAUGGAUGGAUGGCGUAUUUGACAGAGCGAACAGGAGGAGGGAAAAUAAAAAAAGUAAAUAAAUAAAAUACAAACUAAAAUAUAAGAAAGGGUAGGGCAAGAAUAACAAAAACCGAAGUGGAAUAACAUUAAAAACUAUAACUGCCAAACAUUUCGUUCAAAUAAUAGAAAAAGAAAGAAACAAAAAACAGCAACAUGUAAUGACGAAACCAAAUUAGGCGGUUGAUUGGGGACUAACGUUAACACACUGGCAGCAACAAUUUGGCAAAAAAUAAGAGGAAAAGGAAAAGUUGUAUGUUGAAAACUGAAAGCUGAGAUCGACGUAAGCAAGGAUGAAGGACUGUUGUCGAUUUAUCGCUCUCAUUGUCUUUCUAUCAGCAUCCACUUUCAUUUUAUUGGAAGCAACUCCAAGCCGGCUAACAGAAAGAGUUUGCCUUGGUACCGAUAAUGGAAUGUCAAUAUCUGGAGAUUCUGCUAUACGCUACUCUCGAUACAAAAAUCGCUACUCAAAUUGUACUUACGUUGAUGGAAACUUAGAACUGAAGUUCCUUGACGCAGAUCAAGAUUAUGAUCUUAAUUUCCUCAAAGAUAUUCGAAUAGUAACUGGUUAUGUACUUAUUGCUGUUAUCUAUGCUCGUUAUAUUCCUCUUCACAGUCUUCAGAUUAUUCGAGGUUCAAACAACUUUGAAUGGACUGAUGGCAGCUUUUGCAGUCUGUGUGUGAUCAUGAACCACAAACCGAAUGACUCAGAUAUCGGACUUCGAGAACUACAAAUGCCAGCUCUCACUGAAAUUAGUAAUGGUAAUGUGGUCAUCUACAAGAACAAUUUUCUGUGUUUCAUUGACACCAUAGCAUGGACUCUUAUAGUUCCACGAACUUCCCAAGUUGCAGUGGUCUACCAUGAAACAGAAAAGGCAAAAUGUUAUGGCUGUAUACAUGGCUGUCACAAACUGCGGACUGAUACUAUUAGUUGUUGGGGCCUUGGUAUAGACAUGUGUCAAACACAAAAUAAUGGUUCAGCUUGCUCCAGUUCUUGUGCAUAUAGGUGCUUUGGUCCUACAAGCAGUCAGUGUUGCCAUAGUGAAUGUGCUGGAGGCUGUACAGGACCUACAAACAGAGAUUGCUAUGCCUGUAGACAUAUGAAUGAUGAUGGUGCAUGUGUAGAGAGCUGUCCAUCUAUUCGGAACAACCGCAAAAGAAUGAGAAUCCACUCAGGUGACCAGAAUAAGUUAACCUUUCAGGAUAUCUGUCUUAGAGAAUGUCCAGCUUACACUUCUCGAUAUGGUGAUACAUGUGUCUUAUCAUGCCCUGAAGGAACAUCAUCCGUCAAAACUGACCAAUAUUCCACAAAUGUCUGUGAGCCAUGCAAAAAGUGUCCAAAAGAAUGUGUAUUUGAAGAGGAUUUCGUUCAUGCAGGAAACAUUGAUAUACUGAAAGACUGUGUAGUCGUGAGGGGUCACAUUGCUAUAGUUGAGGCUACAUUUAAAGGGGAUAGAUACUACAAUGUACCUCCAAUGAGUCCCAGCAAAUUGGAUAUACUAAUGUCUAUCGAAGAAAUCACCCACUACCUAUACAUUUCGGAUACAGUGCCGACUAUAACAAGUCUCCAUAUGUUAAGGAAUCUGAAGAUUAUUAAUGGUCAGAAAACACUAAAUGGAUAUGCUUUGGCUGUAGUUUUCUGCAGGGGAUUACAAUCGUUAAACCUGAACUCUCUACGACAUAUUUACCAAGGGAGCGUCAUGAUCCGCAAGAACCCUAAUUUGUGUUAUGCCAACACAAUGAACAUGUCACACAUUUUCUCAACGUCCACACAGAAGACGGUCCUUAUAGACAAUAAAGACAGAAUUGCAUGUCUUAAUACAGGUCAAGUAUGUGAUUACCAAUGCAAAGUAUUUGGUUGCUGGGGUCCAGAUGCUGAAGAUUGCAUAGACUGCAUCAAUUACAGAGUGGAAAGAACUGGAAAGUGUGUCCCAUCGUGCUGGAAUGUCACCAUGGUUUACGAAGGAGAACAGAACACAUGCAAGUCAUGCCACGAGGAAUGCAGUGGUGGCUGUUCAGGACCUGGUGCGAACCAAUGUCAUUCUUGUUUAAAUGUCAAAUUCAAGAGUAGCUGCAUUAAAAAAUGUCCCAGGAAAAUGAUUCGAAAUAACAAAGGUAUUUGUAAAUCGAAAAAACGUGGAUCCCGAAAGGACCGUAAAAGGAAACUCAGUCCUAGAAAGAAAAAGAAGAGAACUUCCAAAAAGAUUCACCGUCUACAUUAAAAGCAUUAUUAUACCCAACUAUCUCUAAGCACCAUCAAAACAAGAAGACAAGUGUUUUUCUUUUUUGUUUGUUUUGUUUAUUUUUUACGUUUUUUUGUUUGUUUUGCUGACAUUGGAGACUGAGCAAUGCCAUAUCUGCCAAUAAUAAUAAUAGGAAAACAAAACAAAAUGAAUGAUAUUAAAAAAAUGAAUGUACUUCCAAAA